AGGGCCACCUAAGUACACGAGCCCGACCGGCAGCUAGUUGCACAUGGUGGAUGUCAUGUGAGGUUCAGUUCCUCUGACCAGCACCUGUGGCUUGUCAGUAGCAAGACAGGAUAUUUAAAACAAUAGUUUCUUGUGGAAGAGCUUGACCGACUUACCUCAACUCCAUCCAAAACCUUGAGGAUGAAUCUGGCUAAAAGCAAGACUCCUCGGAGGCCAGGUCCUAAGAAGGCUUCCAACACUGAGAAAGAUCCUGUUGGAGUAUACUGUCGUAUACGACCACUUGGAACAGAAGAUGAGGAAUGUUGUGUUGAGAUGAUAAGUAGCUCCACCAUUCAGCUACAUGCGCCUGAUGGUCUGAAAGCCAACCGCAAUGGAGAAUACAAAGAGACACAGUACUCCUUUAAAAAAGUAUUUGGUAUUAAUACCACCCAAAUGGAGCUGUUUGAGGACGUUGCCAAGCCUCUAGUAGAGGAUCUCAUUCACUGCAAGAAUGGUCUAUUGUUCACGUACGGUGUCACUGGAAGUGGCAAGACCUUCACUAUGACGGGCUCGCCGGGAGAAGGUGGACUCCUCCCUCGUUCUCUAGACAUGCUCUUCAACAGCAUCGGCCCCUUUCAGGCCAAAAGAUUUGUGUUUAAACCAGAUGAAAAAAAUGGGAUGGAGAUUCAGAAUCAAGUUGAUGCUCUCCUGGAGAGACAGAAGCGAGACAGUCAGCAGUCGGUGCCCAAAACACCUUCCUCCAGGCAGAGGGCUGACCCAGAGUUUGCAGAUAUGAUCAGCUCAGAGGAGGCGUGUAAAUCUGAGAACGUGGAUGAAGACUGUUGUUUCAGUGUUUUUGUCUCCUACAUUGAGAUCUACAACAACUACAUCUACGAUCUCCUGGAAGAUGCUCCAUAUGACCCAAUCAGACCAAAGUGGCUCGGCGGAGGCACGCCUGUGCGGAACAAUGAGUUCAUACCACCUCAAUCCAAGAUUCUGCGUGAAGAUCAGAAUCACAACAUGUAUGUGGCUGGCUGCACAGAAGUGGAGGUAAAAUCUACAGAGGAGGCUUUUGAAGUCUUUUGGAAGGGGCAAAAGAAAAGGAGGAUCGCCAACACUCAACUCAACCGUGAAUCCAGCCGCUCCCAUAGUGUGUUCACAGUAAAGUUAGCCCAAGCACCACUUGAUGCUGAUGGGGACCACAUUCUGCAGGACAAGAACCAGGUCAAUGUGAGCCAGCUGUGUCUGGUUGACCUGGCAGGCAGUGAACGCACCAGCAGAACUAAAGCAGAGGGAAGCCGUCUCCGUGAAGCAGGUAAUAUCAACCAGUCUUUGAUGACACUGCGCACGUGUAUGGAGGUCCUGCGUGAAAACCAAAUGUGUGGAACAAAUAAGAUGGUGCCAUACAGAGACUCCAAAGUUACACACCUGUUUAAAAACUACUUCGACGGUGAAGGAAAAGUCAGGAUGAUUGUGUGUGUCAACCCAAACGCAGAUGACUAUGAAGAAACUAUGCUGGUGAUGCGUUUUGCAGAGAUGACCCAGGAGGUGGAGGUGGCGCGACCGGUUGACCGGCCAAUCUGCUUCCUGCCUGCAGGACGCAGACACAGGAACCAGGCCUUCAGAAAUGAAUUUCCACGUCGCCUGGAUGAGCAAGGUGGUCCCAGUGCUUCCGUAAAUGAUCCAGUUCUGCUGAAUCAGCUCAUCGAGAGCCUUCCAGCCCUGCCUCCCUGUGAGGUGGUGGACCCAGCUGAUGAUCAGACGCUUCCCCGCCUGAUCGAAGUCCUGGAAAAGAGGCAGCGCAUUCGUCAGAUGAUGACGGAGGAGUUCAACAAAACCGCCUAUACACUGAAAUCCAUGCUGCAGCAGUUUGACAGUCAGCUCAACGCAAAGGAGACUUUCCUGCAUGAUCAACAAAGCAAACUGGGUGAGAAAGAGAAAGUUAUCAUCGGCCAGAGGACAGAGCUGGAACGACUAGAGAAAAAAUCCAAAACGCUGGAAUACAAGAUCGAUAUCCUGCAAAAGACAACGGGCAUGUAUGAGCAGGACAAACGCUCACUUCAGCAGGAGCUGGAGACCCGGGAGCAAAGGCUACAGAGAGAGCUUUCAGAGAGGAGGCGCAUGGAGCAGCGCAUGCAGGGCAUGGUGACGGACACCAAACUCAAGUGGGAGAAGGAGUGUGAGAGACGAGUGAACGCCAAGCAGCUGGAGAUGCAGAACAAGUUGUGGGUAAAGGAUGAGAAGUUGAAGCAGCUUAAGGCCAUUGUGACGGAGAGCAGCAACGGCAGUGGCGGUGGUUGUCCGACGGAGCGUCCGGAGAGGCCCUCAAGAGAGAGAGACCGAAACAUCGGCCAGAAGCGGUCUGCGUCGCCAUCACCACUUCCUGACUUGAGCCAAACUCCUUUCCACCCAAAUCGAGCCAAUGUUAGGGCAGUUCAGGACCCUUACCCCACCUCUUCCUCCAGCACCUCCUCUACCUCCUCUUCAGCUUACCCUUCAGUGGCCUCCUCCAUCUCAGAUUGGGAGCAGAGGUACCCUGUAGACUCGAGCGGCAAGACUAGGCACCCUGGGACUCCCCAGUCCAGGAGCCGGACUCCCGCCCCGUUCCACAGCACCAGCAGCGUGGGCCGCAAGAGAGGCCAGCGCUGGGCCCCGAGCACUGAGGCCCCAGCUACGACUCUUGUCUAUGGGCUAGACCUAGAAGCAGGCACAAGGACGGCCCCUCCAGUUCAUCCAAUGCACAGGCGCUCACACUCUGCGGGUGGGGAGAAAUGGGUAGACCACAAACCGUCUUCUAAUUUGGACCUAGACACUGUAAUGCAGCCAAUCAUACCCAAUGCAAUCAAAGUAUCGACCCCCAGCGAGAAAGCUCUGUCUAAAUGCCACAAGUAUGUGCUCAGACAUCAAGAGCUUGCCUCUGAUGGGGAGAUCGAGACCAAACUGAUCAAGGGUAAUGUUUUUAAGACUAGGGGUGGAGGACAAGCGGUGCAGUUUACUGACAUUGAGACACUAAAACAAGAGUACCAAACAGCACCAAGUCGAAAAAGGCGAUCAGGCUCUGCAGAAGGACCAGUUCAAAUGGACGAGAUCGAAAACAGACCUCCAGUGGCAAGUUCAAGCUAUGACUAUCAAAAGCGCAGAAAGCCUUAAGUUGCUGUGCGUAUGAGGGUUUUUUUUUCUUCUUAAAACAUGCAAGAGGUUACUAUUGGAACAGUGGAGGGACCUGCAUGUGAUACUAUGCAUCUUUUAAGAGUCAGAGAAUGUUUCUAUUGUAUCUGAUAUUGUGAUUAAUUAUGGUGUUAUUAUAAUUUAAUCAUAGCCAACAAGUCAUUGAUUUAACAAUGCAGAAUAUGCUGGAUUUUUUUUUCUCUUUUCCUUCACCCGUUGCAGGUUAGAAUUAUUACUUCUUAAAGACAUGGACAUUGAAUAGCCCAAUAUGAAUAUUAUGUGAUCAAGUUAAUUUUUUAGUAUUAUUUAAUCCAUUUUCUCCCUUUUACUGCUGCCCAAAGAUUAGAAUGUAUGAGCUUUAGAACAAUACAAAUUUACUUUUUGAUAUUUCUUACCUAUCAAUGUCACUGCUUACUUUUUUAAGGCUUCUUCAUAUAUUUUAUGUAACGCUGAACAUAAGGCUGAUUAUGAAAAAUAGAGGAAUUCCAUUAUGUAUAGCUUCAGCUGUAAAUAUAGAGCUUUUUAGUAGGUUUUUGCUUAAAUCAAUCUCUCAUCCCCAUAAAUAAGUAUUUUGAAGCUUUUUGCUUCUGUUUAUCAAAUCAACUCCUAAGAUGUGUAGCACACUGCUCUUUUUGGUGGCAAUAAAUUUAUUUCAACACCAAAUCUGGU